AUGUUAGUGACUGGCGUACAACCUGCACCUUCAUUUAAGUCAAACGCUCCGUCUAAACACGACAACAAGGGUUUUAUAGCGAACGGUAAUAUUUACGAUCCGGCGGAAUAUCCGUAUCUAAUACGCCUGGAAAUCCGUAUCAGUAGGGCAAAAUACGCCAUAUGUACGGGCUCGUUAAUAUCGGCGUCGUUCGUGUUGACCGCCGCUCAUUGUACCCACAGGAUAAACAAUUUUUCCAUAAAGGUAGGAACCUAUUUUACACGAAAUGAAAGGUAAGUAUGAAUUACAUUGGAACUUACGUCGUAUGAUCGUAAAUCGCGUUGCAGGGAAUAUUAAAUAAGAGCAGGUUAUUUUGUAUAAUGCUAUAAUGUACAGAGAUCACAGAGAGUACCUAGUACUUACUAAGUACUAGAUACUCUACUCAUGGAUAAUAUUAUAUAUAUAUAUAUAUAUAUAUUAUCAUAAACCAUAAUAUACUUACCUAUAACCUAUAGAAUAUUAUCUAUGUAGGUACUUGCAAAGGGUGCAUAGACAUUAGACACCAUAAGAAAUGGACUUCGUGUUCCCAAUAUCGUGCCUAUGGUUUGCAGGUCUGGACAUUGGGUUUGAAAGACUUACCCCGAAUGUGUUAGUAAUAUGAAAAUAAUUUACUCUUUUAAGAAUUAUUUUAACGAAUAAGUGAUAAAUACAAAUAUAAAUUUGAUUUAAUCCAUAGAGUGGGUGCUCAAAUAUAAAGAGGUCAUUCCCUACACCGGCCUGUACAAUGAGUUGUCUACACAGAUAUAUCUGUGGUUGUCUAGCAAAUAGUAUCUUUUGAAGUAGGCGUCGUCAGUUUUAGUAGAAAAAAAUAUUGUACAGCUUUUGGAACGCUUUAUUAGCGGGCUAUUAAAAAACCGUAUUUCAGCCGAAAAUAUUUUCUGAUAAUACUGACCGUAUUCAAGCCGAGCAUGAACGUUCGUGCGAAAGGCCUAAUAUAUUGCCUAUUGGUUUAUGAAUGAAACACAAAAUUAAUCUAAAAUCUUACAUAGACAUAUAAAUAAUUAUAUUUCUAAUCUUACCUUAUCUCUCUAUCGGCUGUAAUAUUUUCUGAUAAAAUACUAUCGGCUGAUUUAUUUACAGUUUUUUUUACGCGAUCCCAAAAUUAGAUAAUCACGUUGUUAUUUUUUUUCUAUUGAUAAUAUAAUAUUUAAACUUACAAACUUGAAUAUUUUUGAUGUAGCAAGUGCAAUACCACUGAAUUCAGAUAAGUAUAUUUAUGUAUAACACAAUCUUAUAUAUUAUAUACAAAUUACGCGUACAAGUUUACGUGUGAUGCACUCUGAAACUACUUAACCCAGGGGCGUCUAGGAUAGUCUUCAUCUCGAUUAAUGACCUCAAUAUUUUAGAUUCCAAGCAUAGCGAGAGAGCUAUUGGUUUUACAAUGCUGUUUAUUUCUUUUUUUGUUUUCUUUGUUCUUUGUUCUUGUCUGUGGACACGUUUUUUCCUAGUAAACUUGCUCCGAUUUUUACGUGUAGUAACUCUUUUGAAAGCUCAAAAUGUCUAGAUUGUAUUUUAGAGAGGUGAUUUUUUUAAUUUUCGACGUUUUUUUUUUAAAUAAAAGCACAUACGUGAGAAAAAACGUAGGAAAACCUGAUAUUUCACGAUUUAAUUAUUUUUUUAAAAAACACCGACGACGUUUUCUACAGAAAAAAAUUAUUUAAUCGAAAAAUCACAAGAUACCUUUUUUUUGCCUUUUCGAUUUAUUUUCUGACGGUAUCUUCGCCAAAAUGUUUGAGCUUUUAAGAAAUUUUAAUUUUUGAGAGGUUUUUGCUGUAAUUCGGUUAUAAAUACACGUAGAGACUUGAAACUUAGUAAUAAUAUUUAUAUUGUACUCACUUAGACGUAGUAAAAUCUUUAAAAUCAUAGGACGACUUUUUUUCCUUUUUUUAAUUUUUGUAUUGCCGGGUAUUUAUUUUAAAGAAUUGUCGGUUUCUAAUAGGUAUAUAAAAUAACAUGACUUGAAGGACUAAUUGAUCAUCGCUUAACCAAACUCACUGGACGAAUCGGAUUGAAAUUUGGCAGAUAAGCAGCUAUAGUGAUGUAGGCAUCCGCUAAGAAAGAAUUUUUGAAAAUUUAUCCACCUAAAGGGUAAAAUAAGGGAUUUUAAGUAGUUUUGGGAUGAAUAUCUAAUUGUUUAUUUAUUUAUUUUUGUUUAUUUAUGGAUUACCUCGGUGAUACAAAAUACGGAUGAAAUAACAAAAAAAUUGGCCUGGGUAACGCCAAACGGUACAGCUAGUCAUAAUAUAUAUUUAACAUAGACGGGAGUUCCAGUAAAUACUAAAUUUUUUUAAUAAUCCUACUAAUAAUGUAAUUAUACGGCCAAAUUAUAACGAUGCAUGUCAAGUAAAUCGAAAAAUAUUAUAAAUGUGAAAGUAAGUCUACUUGUUACGUUUUUACACCUGAACCGCUGAACCAAUACAUUUUGAUGAAUUUUGGUAUAGAGAUAGAUGGGACCUCAGAGAAAAAAUUAAGCUAGUUUUUGUCGCGAAAAUAAAAUUUGAAGGGUAUAAAAGGUUUUUAGGUAUUUUCAUUAGGUACGAAAAUUCAAUUAUUUACCUUAGUAACAUGAAUGGAAUGAAAUAAUAUAUAAAAAACAUAAAAUAAAUAAUAAACAGAAAUAAAAAUUCCAUAAUAAUUUAAAAUAAAGUCUAUCUAGCAGUCUGCCAGCCUGUUAUUGGUUUGAAAUAGCAGUGACGUAACUAUAGGACCUUAUUUUGGAGGUGAUUUGAGUAUUCGUUAAUAUUAAUAAGAUUUAUAUACAUAAGUACUUAAUAAGUUUUAUAGCACUAAAAAAAUAAAAGUUAAUUAUGAUUAUUUAACGUAGAAAAAAAAGGUUUUGGGGGUGAUAUAUGGCUAUCAUAUUCAUAUCCCUUAGUUACUGUGAAGUAGGAUAAGCGACCUUGGUAACAUGGAUGAAGAAAAAACAAAAAUCUAUGCAUUGUACCGGGUGGGUAUCUAUAAUAAGUGAAAACAUGUAAAACGCCAUGUCUGAAUCUUUGUACGUUUUAGUAGGUACAUAGUUUAAUUCCUGUGUUGUAAGGAUAUCUAUGGUAACACGGAUGAAAUAAUAUAUGAUACACUAGAACACUUUUAGGCUGGGUUGCAUAAACGUUGAUGAGCGAUUUACAGAGCCUUUAACUCACUACUGGCUCUUUAAAAAAAAUUGGGUGUUUCUUGAUCGCUCGUUAGCGCUAACGGGUCUGUAAUUUCCUGGCUGCUGGACGUCUGGACUUGUACUUACUAGUCCAAUAAUGUAUCUAUAAGUUUUACAGAUUCGUUAAUAUAUAGUGAUAAGAAUAUUAUAAUUUCUUUCUAAAAUUAUUCUAUUUCCAGUUUCUGGAUCUUUACUAUUGCACAGCUUGGUUAGGUUCCCAAGACUGUUUUUUUUUUUUUUUUUUUGACAUUAACAAAAAUGCAUAUUAAUUUUUACCCUGCCUAGGCUGCCUAGGACGUUGUAAUUUAUAAUUAAGUUAACCUGUUAAACAAUAAAACAAAUGUCUUAAUAUUUUCAAUUAUGUCCUUAUGGGUAAUUAUCAAUUCCAUUAAUGUCGUUGUUUGUCGUAUAGUAAAGUUAUUCUGCCUUACCCUUUUUGGCACAAUCAUCAAAGAUCAAACAAAUAUUAUAAAAUAAAUUGUAGUUAAAAUAAUGUUUUUCAAAUGUUUAUUAAUUAUUUAUUAUUGACACUCGAUAAUGUAACCAGUAAUCAUUGUAGCCAAAUAAAAUGUGGUAUAAUUUAUUUGGUAACCACGGUUAUCAAUAAAAUAGAAAUCUUUAAUGCAAUUCAAUUUUAUUUUUACACGCCAUCAAAACGUUACAGACUUGGUUAAUUACAGGCUCGUUAGUAAAGUUACAACAGAGUACAGACUGUUCAUUAUGCAACCCCUAGUAGGCGGACUAUCCACUUUCCACCUAUUCUUGUUCGUUCGAUAUACUGAUACGGGAAACGCAAAACGGGAAUAAAGAUAAAAAUAAUAAAAAUUGCAAAGGGCAACGUCGAGCGCCGGACAGCUAGUAUAGGUAUUAUAUAAUUAAAAUGAAUCGGUGGUAAAUGCACGAGGGGUUUUGAGAGUUCACGCCUUCAGUUUUUUUCUUCGGUUUUAAAUUUACAUAUAAUGAUGAAAAUAUGUAUGUAGGUGUUCCGUCCAAAUACUAAUGAAAAUUAUGCAACUGUCCACCGAAUAUACGAACAUCCAUAUUACAAUCCGAUUUAUGGAAUGGCAGAUGUCAGUUUGUUAAAAGUAAGACUAAAGCCCGAUUCAGACUUGUCAGACACGUACCGACAGACACCGUGCCGUACCGUUCCAACACAUAGUCAUACUGUACUCACACUUUCGAUCCAACAUAGUUUAGAUGUUAGGUGCAUAGAGGUGAUUGAGAGAGAUGCAUCUCUAACGAGUUCAAUUAAUAACUUUAAAAAUUUAAAUAAAUAGUAAAAAAAUAUGAUGGUGUUUACCGAAUGGUGUGCCAGCGAAUGACGGCAGACGGAUAAAAUUUGUCUGUUGUUCAUUCACACUUAUCAGUCAGACGUGUUCCGACCCGUUCAGACACGGGCCGUUCCGACAAAGCAUUCUCGCACGGAAUGUCCAACGGACGCUGUCGGAUCGGUACGUGUAUGAACGGAAAGGAACGUUCAAAUGUGAAAUACCUAAAUUUAAACAAAUAUUAAAAUAUUUUGCGGAACGGUACGGUACGGUGUCUGUCGGUACGUGUCUGACAAGUGUGAAUCGGGCUUUAUUGUUAUAGUACAAGUACCUAUUAUAAAUAACUGGUAAGUUAGAACCUUUAUUAGCCACCAGUUAUAACCUUAAUUACAACUAACUAUAAUUAAUUAUUUACAUUUAGUUGGCAGUACCAUUCAACAAUGUCACCAAGUAUACUAUUUUAUCCGGCCACCCUGAUGAAUUUGCUAACAACACGGAAUUAAGUUGUUUUGUUCUUGGGUUCGGUGAUACUGGAAAUCCAAACAAUAUCUACAAAAAUAUUGGAUUUAUAACUAAUGUUGAAGUCAAGUAUGGUUCAAAAGCAUGCAAAUUAUUUUCAGAGUAGGUACCUACUUAUCGCAAGAUUGUAUAUGUUGAUCUAGAUUUACAUAGCAUUUAUGUUUGAAUAAUAAAGUGAAUUAAUUAAAACUACGUGGCAAGAAUUUUUAUGUUCAAAACCGGACGAACAUAUGAUUUGUCCUGGUGACAGUGGCGGCCCUUUGAUUUGUCAUGGAUUUCAAUAUGGCAUUGCCAGUCAUGGAUACAAUUUC